AUGACUAUCCCUAAACGUAAGGGCAGCAGUCAGCAAAUCAACACACCACGCAGUAUCCAGUAUUUUUGUCCUCCGGCAGCUCUCGUUCAAACAACCAGGUUGAGGCAGGAUGGCAGGACCCAGGGUGUGUGGUGGCCUGCUGAGCCUGCUGAUGGCCGCCAGGACCUACGCCCCUCCACACAACUCACAGGUCCUCAGGUGGCCCCGGAAGCGGACCAACACCCACCUUGGCCCGGAGAACACGGCCUGGCCCCCCCGGCCCUACAUGACCCCCCUGCCCACGGUAGCGACACCCCCUGGUCGGCCAUUCAACAUCCAUCUGGCCAUCCCAGCGCCUGGCCAGCCAACUCCCAUCUGAGCGAUCUGCUUGGCCAGACGACUACCCCUUGGCCGACCACUCACCACCUGGCCGAAAGGGUGUGGUCGAGGCUGACAGCCUUGGCCCGCUCGGCCCACCUGCCUCAGCCCCGACUUGGCCUAGAGCACCCUCUCGACCCCCUGACCUCCUCCUCCACCCUCAAGUACCUCCAUGAGGGCGACCUCCUGCGGCUGAGGCUACACCUCGAUAACCUGACACUCCACGGUCUCAACUCCCUCUCUGUCCAGGAGGUUAGUUUCGAGCCGUCCCCGGGUAGUGACGUCACUCCUGCAGGCCCUCACUACCACCCUCACCAGGCAGGAACAGCUAUAGGUCAGGUCAACGACUGGUACAGAGACCAUGACCUUAAGGAUGAACCAUACAGUGAUGCGUGGAACGAGGGAGACAGCGAGGUGGAGGAGGAUAUGCCACCGCUGUCGCCCGCCAGAGAGAAAGACUCAGAUGGCGGGAGAAAUGGACGCCGUCGGGGUGGCAGCAGCAGGAUGAGGCCCCGUGGACGGAGGCCCCGGCCACCUACCACUACGGAGGGCGUCAUCAGGGUGGCCUUCUCACAGGUGACAGUCAAGGCCAAGUACCAGGUACGAGGGAGUGCUGGCGGCUUCCUCACCUUCAGGGAGAGCGGCGACCUCACCCUCACAGCGCCCACCGUCUUCCUCACCACGCGCCUCAACGUCACCCUCCCUCAGCCCUCAACCUCACACCGCCGCAGAACACAGAGGCACGGCAGAGUGAAGGUAUUAUGGCUGAAGAGUGACGUCAGUAUCGCCAGCACCACCCUCAACCUGCACCCAGGAGCCUACCCGCCUGAAUGGGUCCGUCAACAGGUUCAGUCUAAGUUGGAGGAGCUGUCUAGUGACCUGAGCCAAGGUCACGGUGCUGUCCGCCUGCUGCUGAGGCGCUGGGGCAAGAUGCUCAAGAAACUCAUCCAUCGCACGGCACGUUCUGUACAGUGAGGGAACUUCUCCAUCAAGUACAUAACACCUAUUGAACACCUUCAUCAAGUGAGCAACUACUUCAAUUGAACAGUUUAUAUGCAGUAUGUGAAUAUUGUCAUCAAGUGAGUGACACCUCCAUGUGAACACUGCCUUAUAUAAUGAAUGUUGUCAUUAAGAUAACACUUUUAUUGACCAACACUUCUAAGUGAAAGAUACUAGUGAGUCGCACAUCAAGCAAGUACUUGUUGUAAGUAAGUGAAUACCAUUAAGCAACACCUUCAAUUACAUUUUGUCAGUAAGUGAAUGUAAUUUUCUGAACAACUGUCAUCGUGUGAACACCAGCUGCCACCCCACUGUACUUCAGCUCAACUCUCACAUUAUUACCACACUAUACCCAGGAUGCAUGACCAAAUGUUCUACACCUAACUAACAUUAUUGUAUGACAUUAAAUAAAAUAAAAAUAUACAAUAUGUGAUAAAAUUUGGUGACCUCAGGAAUAUAACUUAAAACCUGAACCAAUGUUUAAAAUUUUCUUCCUAAAGUUGCAGAUUUGGUCAGGUUUGGUUAGGCUACACUCUUUUGGACACAGUGCUGUAUUCACUAAUAGAUUACGUAACUCAUUCAUGAACAUCAUGAACACCACUUAGAGAUAAACCUCUUUCAUUUAUCUGUAUUACUGUUUAGUCAUUCAUCCCAAUCAAUUGUGAAUAUAACUUCUUUACAACCAUAAAAGCCAGAACAUACUGUACAGUACUGUAUAUUGUUCCCACUAUUGUUAAUUGCAAAACAAAACAAUAGACUUCCCAAAGGAAAUACUGUACUACAUAUUGAUGACUUCUCAAGGAAAUUAAAACUUCAAUAAAUCUCAAAUUACUUCAAGUCCUACAAGUAAUUCAUGUGAUCUAGAUAACUCAAACAGCUUCCAUCUCCACAAUAAGUCUCAAUGAUUUCUAUUCUAAAAAUUCAUUCAGGUUAACUUUCAAAACCGGUGGAAUAAUUGGUAAGUUCUAUAAACACAAAGACAUUAUCACACAACGCUUAGAAUCAUCCCUGUAUCAUAAACACACAUGUGACAGUUGCCUGGUGUUGAAUACUGUCUGUACUCUGCCUUGUUUCUUAAAGAUGACUUGGACUUGCAAGCUGAUUUCACACAUUGUCCACCUUAUGAAAUACAAAUAAACAGUACAUCUACGUAAUAUUGUAUAUAUUUUGGAUAGUUAUGCAUUGUAAGGAGGGUAUAGUGCCUGUACAAUCUUACUUUUUAAUCCAGAACAAAGUUAAAAGACAAUUGUGCACAGAAGCAUUGAUAUAAUAAAGUAUUUCAUAAAAGUUACCCAGGCAGUUCCUUCACUUGUGUCACAAACAAAUCAAUAUGUUGAAUUUAUAAGCAAUUGCCCAACGGAAUGCUCCACAUCUUUUACCCUUAGAGGUCUGGAGACAAUCAAUGGAUAAAUGUUGAGGGAAGGUUCUCCAUAUGGCUGAGAUGUCAACAUCUACAAUGACUAACUUGUUUUCCGUAGCAUAACACCAGCGGCCAAUCCAGAAUCUGAUCCACUCAAGUACUGACACAAAAGACAAUAGUUACAGAUAUAUGGUACAGUUGAAGGUUGUAAUUGAGCUGUUUAUUGCUAACCAUUGGCUGGCUGGUCCUUGUUAUUAAAAGACAAGGAAAUAUGAUCCUCUAAAAAACAUCACCACAAACAUCUCACUGUAUUGUAUUAACUAUCAGUCUUUAUUAUAAUGAACCUUUCUCUGAGAUGGUAGAACUAUUUGUAAAACAUUCUUUGUUAUACAUCAGUGGGAGUCCAUCAAUGUUGAAUCUGUAAAAUCAUCAAGUACUACUGUAUAAGUGAGAAAAUUACUACUGUACGCAUGCAUGUAAAUAUGUAUUAGUAUAAUGAACUGCCUACACUUGUUCCCCAUCUAUUUAACCAGUAUGGUAUCUUUUAAAACAUCGAUUUCAUGCAUAUCACUUAUAUACCUUAAUAGACUUGUAAUGAGAGAGACAAUCCCUGUUUAUAUAUAUAAGCUUCCACACUGCUGUUAGUCUGUUAGGUUUUUCAUGUCUAGCAUACAAAAUACCAAUAAAUAAAUCUGUUCUGUACUUUAUAAUUUAUUAAUGGUUUGUUAUACGGUAUUCUGUAAGUGAAUUUAUCUAUGUUGUACUUUUUCAUAUUACAGAAAUGUUGUUGGUUGAGUUGUAGGUAAUAUUAGUGAACCGAUGAAGAUAUCAAAUAUUAUGAGUUGUCAAACAAUUCUGUAAUAAACCUGUAAUUAGCAAUGUAGUAGAACAUUUACCUAAACUGCUCAAAGGGUAUACCAUAUACUUAUUAGUUUGUCAGAUCAUAAUAAGCUUGGAUAAAAGAAAGCAUUGAAUUAAAGUUUGGCCUUAGUACAAUUUCACUGAAGCAUUAGUUGUCUUAUUUUUUAUUUGAUAUUAAUUUAUCAUUUGUAACAAUUAUCUGCUUACUAGCCAUCUGGGUGUUCGGUAAUUUCUUUGUUAGACCUUCAUUGCCCAGUGUUAUUACAGGAGGAAACCAGAAUAUUGUACCCUGAGAAAUUCUACGAUAGGAAACUGACUGAUCAAGCCAAAACAAUGAUGCGAGCCUACGUGAGCAUUACUGGAAACUCCCUUCAUCUUGUGGAAAGUUCUGCUAUAUGGAGAAGCAAAACCCAGCACAAAUUUGUUCUGCUAAAAGAAAUUCCAUUAUUAGGAAUGAUUACUGUACUACAAUACUCAAAUUCAAGCCCAUUUGUUACCUAUAACUUCUGGAUCACCUAAAGAUUAGACACCCUGGCUUACUUCACAUGAUAAUUAAACAUCCAAACACUAACCUAACCUAAUCCCCCUGGUAGAAAUAAGGUUUUUAUUCAUCACAUGUAAUAAACUGGGGUGUCUGAUCUUCAGGUAAUCAGAUUUUACUUUCCUAACAAUUCUCACCAAAACUAAAUCCAAAACAUUAUUUAUCAUACUUGGAAGAUCUAUGACUACCAGUAGCAACAUACAGACAAAGAACAAUCCACAAGUACCUGGAUGAUGCUGAAGAAAUUUAUAUUAGUCUCAUUGUGGUGGUCAAUAGUCACAGGAAAACUGACAAGCUAGCAUGAGGAAGGAUCUGGAGUUACUUCAUGAUAAGAGGUACAGUAUACGUACAUGCAGAAAGUUGGAUAAAACUAAAAGAAUAGAUUGAGGGAAUAAUAUUGUGUGUCAACAACAGCUAAGUAAAGGUGUGUACUAGCAGUGUGGGAGACUAUGUUAAUGACAAUUAGGUAAUGAUGAUGUGUACUUUUAGAACCAGGAAGUGCAUUCAUUGAAGCUGUCAAUAAGAAGUAAAUAGAGAUGUGCCGUGACUGUGUGUAUCUAGGUGUCAGGAAGCAGUGGUGGAUCUGUAGGGAAAAUUAAGUGGAAAGUGCAUAUACGAGAAUACAAUCUGCAGUUCAAGCAAGUGUGAGCCUGUUAGAGAAAAUGUUUGUAUGGAGGAACAGAGAUGAGUAAUGUUGGAGCACAUGACAUAAUGCAAUGAUGUAUACUGUGAGAGGCAAUUACAUGGAGGCUCUAUG